CACACGCACACACCCCCACAUACCCUCCCCUCGGGAGCGGCGGCACUUUCACUUUCGGAAGGGACACGUGAUUUCCAGGAAAACGGGAGUAGGCGGAUAAAGGACCGGGCGGGAAGCGGCCGCCCCCCGCACCGAGGUCGCCGCCCGUCCCGUCGCAGCAGCUCGGCGGAGCCCGCACUAUGGCAGCGCUGGAGAACGAGGGGGAGGCCCAGAGGCUGCGUUUCGUCCCGUGGCUCCUGAACGCCAUCAACAGCGGGAACUACCGCGGGCUGCGCUGGCUCGACCGCGAGCGCACCACCUUCCGCGUCCCCUGGAAGCACAACGCCAGGAAGGACAUCACCAGCAGCGACCUGGAGGUCUUCAAGGCCUGGGCAAAGGUGGGUGGGCGGUAUGAGGAGUCAUCUGAGGACCCGGUCAAGUGGAAGACCAACUUCCGCUGUGCCCUGAGCAGCACCGGCAUGUUCAAACGGCUGAAGGACAAUUCCAAGUGUGGCGAAGACCCACACAUGGUCUUCACCAUUAACAAAGCCACCCUUCAGCACAGCACGGAGGGGGAUUUCAGCAGCCCUGAUCCUGCGGUGGACCAGCAGCCAGCACAACAGCAGCUGCAGGUGGAGCUUCACCCCCAAGACAUGGCCCCAGAAAUUGCUCUCCCAGGCAGCACCGACCCCACACAGCCCGUGUCACUGGAGAAGCUGCUGCAGCUGUGUGACAUCUCCCCCCGUGACGCUGUCUGCAUGACCCCGUCCUGGGUGCCCGCAGGGGACACCCUCAACCCGGACAUCCUGCUCCAGCCUCCCCAGGACAGCCUGCUCCAGCUUCGUGCCGACCCCAGCCAGAACAACUGCUUCCCUCUCCCGGCAUUUCAGCAGUGGGUGCCCACAGUGGAGCAGCCCGCUUUGGGCACCUACAGCCCCCUGGACUUCAUGCCACCAGAGGAGCUAGGAGCCGUGCCACUGCCAUGUCACCUGACAGAGGGCGUGGUCCCCAUGCAGUCACCAGGGGAGGCGAUGUUUUUGGUCCCCACCGCCAGCCCUGUGCCACAGCCACAGCAGCUGGUGGGUGACACAGGUGCCUUCGUCUCUAACCUGGACGUCACCAUCUACUACCGGGGAAAGGAGUUCCAUCGGGAGAUCGUGCAGGGCAGCCACUGCCUGCUGACGUACCAGCCCCUCGGUGGCUCACCAGCGGUGGCUCAGGGUCCCUGGCACGUGGUGCACUUCCCCAGCCCCGCCAACAUGGCCGAUAGAAAGCAGUGGCGUAUCACCGAGGAGCUGCUGGGCAAGGUGGGGCUGCAGCUGGAGCAACGUGCCUGCAAGGUCUUUGCCACCCGCCGGGAGAAGUGCAAGGUAUUCUGGGCCCUGUCCCAACAGCUCGAAGGUGUUGAGGACCCCCCAUUCAACCUUCUCUGCCGGGAUCAGGAAACCCCUAUUUUUGACUUCAGUGAGUUUACCACAGAGCUAAGGGACUUCCGCAACGGCCAAAGGCAGCGGUCCCCUGACUUCACCAUCUACCUCUGCUUUGGUCAGGCCUUCUCCAAGGCCAAGCCUAAGGAGGCCAAGCUCAUCCUGGUCAAGUUGGUGCCCAAGUUCUGCGAGUACUGCUAUGAGAAGGUGCUGCAGGAGGGAGCCUCAUCCCUCGACAGCCACACCAUCAGCCUGCAGCUCUCAGACUCCUUCAGUCUCUACGAUCUCAUUGAGCAGUACACCAUGCAGCUGGACUGACCCCCACCACAUGGUCCCUGGGACAGGCAGCAGGACCACUGGGCACUGUGCAAACCGGCACCCCCAGCUCAGGGACAGCUUCACUGACCAAUCCCGGAACUCACAUGUUUCUUUUCUCCUCGGUCAGCUGCUAACGUGUUUUUGUGGGUUGUGACCAUUUACAGAUUUAUUUUCUUAAUUUUUCCAAGUUUAAAUAUAUGUACAGAAAAGUA